GACUUGCGCAGGAAGUUGCUGCUGCUGUCUUUUUGCACAAAGCUCCUCUCCUGUUCCCCUGCCAGCGCCUUCCCCAAGCACAAGGAACCCGUGCGCCGCGCCGCCGAGAUACUUCCGGAUCCACUCCUCCAAAAUCGCACGCAAACAAAUUAAUCCUCGGAACUUGCCUUCCUUCCCCGAUUGCAAUUCCCAAUCGCGCUCUCCCUCCUCCUCCUGCUUCUUCUUCUUCUUCUCCAAGCUUCGCCGCCGCCGCCGCCGCCCCCGCCGCCGCCGCCGCGUGGCGUCCAGGAUUGAUUGAGGGAGAAGGCGACCGGCGGCGGCCAGCGGCCAGGGCACGGCGCCGGGCCGCUGCGCUCUCGCGGGUGCUCUGCUCGUCGUCGCUCCAAGGAUAUUGUGCACACUAAAAGGCUCGCACAAGCAUAGGUAGACUCUAAUACGCCACAUGGAGCUCUCUGGUGGAUAGAAGUCCACACGUAUAUACAUUGUUCAAAUUUCUAGAUCGACAUUAACCAUUCAUGUUGAGGGCAAAGCAACUCGGCACACUAUCCCAGUGUGCAAGAUCCUUCUAUCUUAGUGGGUCAAGGUGUGGUAGCACUGAUGGAGCUUCAUGCACAUGCCCUGAGGAUGACACAUGUGCUUCAAAGAGACAGGCGAGUGGUAUCCAGCAGAAGUUUCAGUCAACCGGCAGAUCUUCUGUAAAGGCUCUCCCAUCUUCUGCACAACAUGUUGGAUCUAUUGGCACUGCUACUGGAUACCCACCUCAAGCUGUUCAUGUCGUUCCUUCCACCUUGACACCAGGCAAUGAGCCCGCAUCUAUCAACAGAAACAACCCUCCUAGCAAUUAUCAGGUGCUAGGAAAUGAUUAUGUACAGCCAUCUAAGCAGACUGCCAGGAGUGUUUCUCAGUCUGGAAUUGCAGGAGCUGGUGUGUAUUCUGAGUUGGUAAAUAUGAGGUCCUCCUCGACUAAUGGACGCACUGAGCAAGCUCCACAGGCUAUUGCUAACUAUUCUAACAAGCCCUUAUCCAGUGCGCAGUCUUCUAAUAACAAGGCACAUAACCAGCAUAGCUUUCCAGAGGCAAAGGUGCCUUAUACCCCUUCCAUGCAAAAUGACUUUGGGAAGGGGGUAUCAAGACCUGGAUACACAAAGUCAAAACAGAAUUUUUCAGGGCCAUCUGCUGUAGUUUCUAGUUCAACGGCACAGGCAAGGAACCAAAGACAUCCAGGUCAAGGCAACCCAAAUUAUCAUUCUAAUAAUCUCAAUUCAGAUGGCAGGUGGGCUGGAGUUCGAACUCGAAACUUCUCAGCUCCAACUGUUUAUAGUGGCCCCAGUGACAAAUCCAAGGGCCCUUCAGGAACAAUAAAAGCUCAUGGUGGAGGACCGCAGUCGAACUUACGGUCAUUGAAGUCAUUGCGGGCAGUUGAGCAGUAUUAUCAUACGCUGCAACAGAUGAAAUGGGGUCCCAUGACGGAACAUGUUCUGGAUAGUCUCCAUUGCAAGAUAGAUGCAUUCCAGGCUAAUCAAGUACUCAAGCUGCUUCAUGACCAUACUAUGGCGCUUGGCUUCUUCCAUUGGUUAAAGAGGCAACCAGGGUUCAAGCAUGAUGGUCAUACCUACACAACCAUGAUAGGCAUCCUUGGACAAGCUAGGCAGUUUGGUAUAAUGAGAAACCUUCUUCAUGAGAUGAACAGAGAUCGCUGCAAGCCAACUGUGGUAACAUACAACAGAAUAAUACACGCAUAUGGUCGUGCAAAUUAUCUGAGGGAGGCUGUUAAAGUAUUUGAGGAAAUGGAGGAAGCUGGUUAUGAGCCUGAUCGAGUUACAUACUGUACGUUGAUUGAUAUCCAUGCUAAAGCAGGAUAUCUGGAAGUAGCAAUGGAUUUAUAUGGCAGGAUGCAAGAAGUAGGCCUGUCACCGGAUACUUUCACCUACAGUGCCAUGGUUAAUUGCCUUGGAAAAGGUGGUCAAUUGGCAGCUGCUUAUAAGCUUUUCUGUGAGAUGAUUGAAAAUGGCUGUACACCUAACCUCGUUACUUACAACAUAAUAAUUGCCCUGCAGGCAAAAGCGAGAAAUUACGACAAUGUUGUGAAACUGUACAGAGACAUGCAAGUUGCUGGAUUUCGUCCUGACAAGAUAACAUACAGCAUUGUGAUGGAAGUUCUUGGUCAUUGUGGUCAUCUAGAUGAGGCUGAGGCUGUUUUCAUUGAGAUGAGGCGUGACUGGGCUCCUGAUGAACCUGUAUAUGGUCUUUUGGUGGACCUGUGGGGAAAAGCUGGCAAUGUUGACAAGGCAUUAGGAUGGUACCAUGCAAUGCUUCAGGAUGGUUUGCAGCCUAAUGUGCCCACUUGCAAUUCUCUCUUGAGUGCUUUCCUUAAGAUAAACAGGUUUCAAGAUGCCUACAGCGUUCUUCAGAACAUGCUUGCUCAGGGACUUGUUCCAUCUCUGCAGACUUAUACCUUGCUGCUCAGUUGUUGUACUGAUGCUCAUGCACAGAUGGGGUUAUGCUGUCAGCUCAUGGCGAUCACUGGACACCCGGCCCACAUGUUCUUGCUAUAUUUGCCUGACGCAGAACCUGGUGGCGAGAAUGUGAGGGAUCACACCAGGUAUUUCUUGGACAUGAUGCACAGCGAGGACAGAGAAAGUAAAAGAGGUUUAAUGGAUGCUGUGAUAGACUUCCUACACAAGUCCGGCCUCAAGGAGGAGGCUGGCUUUAUAUGGGAGGUUGCUGCCCAGAAGAAUGUGUACCCGGAUUCUGUGAGGGAGAAGAGCUCUGCAUAUUGGCUUAUCAACCUUCACUUGAUGUCCGAGGGCACUGCAGUGACUGCCCUGUCCAGGACACUUGCUUGGUUCCACAGGCAGAUUCUGGUGAUGGGGUCCUGCCCCGAAAGAAUCGACAUCGUCACUGGCUGGGGCAGAAGGAGCAGGGUUACCGGAUCAUCCUUGGUUAGGCAGUCAGUCGAGAAGCUUCUGCAUCUCUUCCAAUUCCCGCUCUUCACUGCUCGCGGGAAUACUGGCUGCUUCGUUGGAUGUGGGCAGCCACUUAAUCAGUGGCUGCACAAUCCUUAUGUUGAGCGCAUGCAUUUGUUGUAGUUGUAGUGAGCACUAGGUUAUCUUCAGAAAUAAAGGACUUGUCUAAACAGGUGCAAUUUUGUGGAAGAAUCAGAUCAGUUUGGAUGGAGCAUCUGUUCUAGUUUGGUAUAGUCAGUGUUUGUUAAGUGUAACGAUGGUCGAAUUCUUAUCUUUUGGAACUUAUUUGUGAUAACAUUAAGAGAUGGCAUUGUUGCAUUCUGAGUUA